CCAUAUCCGGGUCCCCUCACGUGGUCUAAACCAGAGACUACCAGCGCAGGCUCUCCUGGACCUCCUUCUGUUGUGUGACCGCAGACAGAGCCAACAUGCCGGGGAUCCUGCUGGGGGACGAGUUCCCAAACUUCGAGGCCGACACCACCAUCGGCAAGAUCCGCUUCCAUGACUUCCUGGGAAACUCGUGGGGGAUCCUGUUCUCUCACCCGAGGGACUUCACCCCCGUCUGCACCACCGAGCUGGCCUGCGCUGCCCGGUACACCGAGCAGUUCAAGAAACGAGGCGUGAAGAUGAUCGCCUUAUCCAUCGACAGCGUGGAGGACCAUCGCAACUGGAGCAAGGAUGUGAUGGCGUUCAACAGCGACGCUGACACCGCCCUGCCCUUCCCCAUCAUCGCCGACCACAACAGAAAGCUGUCGGUCGACCUCGGAAUGCUUGACCCCGACGAGUUGGACAAGGACGGCAUGCCGCUCACCGCCCGCUGUGUGUUUGUGAUCGGUCCUGACAAGAAGCUGAAGCUGUCCAUCCUCUACCCGGCCACCACGGGGAGGAACUUCGACGAGCUGCUCAGAGUCAUCGACUCUCUACAGCUCACCGCCCAGAAGAAGGUCGCCACACCCGUGGACUGGAAGCCUGGUGACAAAGUGAUGGUGAUCCCCUCCCUGUCGGACGCUGAAGCUGCCUCUCUCUUCCCUAACGGCGUGACCACCAAAGAGCUGCCGUCUGGGAAGAAAUACCUGCGCUACACCCAGCCCUGAUCCAGGAAGUAGACCCUGACCACGUCACCCAGACCUGACCGGACCCUGACUACGUUCAGACUAGAUCCUGUUGUAGUCCACUCGUUUUGUCCUGAAGCUAACAAACACUAAUCUGACCAAAAGAGUAAAAGCACUUAUCUGUUAGAGUUCAGAGGUCGUGCUCAGUGCCUUCUUUCACUUAUAAUAAACUCACUUUUCACAAACUGA